AUGCCAAUUCUGCAACAGGCCGCCUCUAAUAAGCUAGGAAGGGCCUUGCUCAGAACGUCCAGACAUGCACAACCCUCUCGUCACCUGUUUACUCGGUCCGCCCCUGUGAAACGGAAUCCGAUUCGCACUGGGCUCUAUACAACGGCUUUCAUACUAUCUGCUGGCGUGUUUGCUGUCUACUACUUCGAUGCGCGCUCUGCUAUACACAGAUAUGUUCUGACUCCGGUUCUCAGAAAAGUACUCGAUGCAGAGACAGGUCAUAAAAUCGCUGUCAAGGCGUUGAAAGCUGGAAUUGCUCCGAAGGAUCCCGUUCAGGACGAUGCAACACUUACCUGCAAGCUAUGGGGUGAAGAAAUCUCCAACCCGGUCGGCUUGGCUGCAGGUUUCGACAAGGAUGGAGAAGCCAUAGAUGGAUUAUUUGAUCUCGGCUUUAGCUGGGUAGAGAUUGGAAGUGUAACACCAAAACCUCAGCCCGGAAAUCCUCGACCGCGAAUGUUCCGACUGGAAGAGGAUGAUGCAGUCAUUAAUCGAUAUGGUUUUCCCUCUCAAGGUCACUCUUCCGUUGUAGCCCGUGUGAGAUCGCGUAUCCCCGACUUCGGUUCCCCACCACAACGUGCAGCACUCCGAGAGGGUUCAAUGCUAGCGGUCAACCUCGGCAAAAACAAGGACUCUCCAGCCGAAUCUGUAGAUGACUUUGUUGCUGGUGUCCGUACAUUUGGUCCCUAUGCCGACGUGCUAGUAGUCAAUGUCUCCAGCCCCAAUACCCCUGGACUCCGUGGCCUCCAGAACAGAGAGCUUCUUGAGAGUCUAUUAGAUAAUGUUACGAAGGCCCGCGACAGCUUGCAGCCAUCUGUUUUAACCUCCAAAAGGCCAAAAAUUGUCCUCAAAAUUGCACCCGACCUAGAAGAAUCGCAUCUCAUAGAAAUGGCUGAUGUCAUACGCAAAAGCAAAAUAGACGGUGUAAUUGUUAGCAAUACUACAAUCCAACGACCGAAACAUCUCAGAAGUGCCAAUAAGACCGAAACUGGCGGCCUUUCUGGACCCCCAAUCAAACCAUUUUCAUUAAAAGCUCUUCAAAUAUUGCGCUCUCAAUUACCCUCAUCUAUCCCUCUCAUUGGUUGUGGAGGCAUUGUAACCGGGAAGGAUGCACUUGACUAUGCACGCGCAGGAGCAUCAAUGGUACAAGUGUAUACCAGUUUCGGAUACGACGGUGUUGGGGCUUGUCGACGGAUCAAAGACCAGCUUUCUGAAGAACUUACAAAGGAGGGCAAGUCGUGGGACCAGAUUGUCAAUGAAUCCGUUCAACGGUUGAGCUGGGUGGAGCCUCCACCCCCGAAGAAAGUCGAGCCAACUGUCGGUCAAUUGAUUGCAGAGGCCGAAGAGUUGAAAGCUAUGUUGGAGAAGCUGGGAAAGUCUUUUGAAGAGCCUGAGAUUGUUUGA